UCACUGACACACGUUCUGCAGGUUUCCCCACACCUGAGCAGCGGUGACAGAGCAGGGUGCACACACAGAUAUGAGGACACACAAGUUUUUAUUCAUGGCUCUGCUGGGCCUGCUGCUGCUGGGGGCCUCCUGUGUCCAGGCCGACGACCCCGAGGAUGACCCUGGCAAAGAAACAGAGGCGCAGGGGGACGCAUCGGUGGAGACAUUAGAGGACACCUCAGAGGAGACAGAAGAGGAGCCAAAGAAGGAGAAGACAACAGAGAUAGAAGAAGAGAAAUUUGUUUUGGUUCUGCACAUCAACAACUUCGACAGAGCUCUCAGCGAGAAUAAGUAUUUACUGGUUGAGUUCUAUGCUCCCUGGUGCGGUCACUGCAAACAGUUUGAGCCCAUUUACGCAGAGGCCGCGGAGAAGAUCAAGAAUGAGGAACCAGGGAUGCGUUUGGCCAAAGUGGACGCCAUUGAGGAGAAGGAGUUGGGUGAUGAGUUUGAGAUUGGUAGCUUUCCCACUCUGAAGAUGUUCAUCGAUGGAGACCGAAAGCAACCUGUGGACUACAGCGGUAAAAGAUCAGUAGUGGGAAUAAUUCAGUGGAUGAAGCGCCGCACUGGUCCUGGCGCUCCAAAUCUUGACUCUGUGGACUCUGCAGCAAAGUUCAUCAGCGCUCACAACAUCUCUGUUGUAGGAUUCUUCGAUAGUUUGGAAAGUGAGUCUGCCAAGGUGUUCAAGGAGGCCGCAUUUGAUUUGACCGACGUUGAGUUCGGAGUUACUGCAACUCCUGAAGUGUUUCAGAAGUAUGAGGUGAAAUCAGACUCAGUGGUGCUCUUCAAAAAGUUUGAUGAUGGCAGAGAAGACUACGUGUGGUCAGAAGAAGAGAAACUAGACAUGUACAACCUGACCUCCUUCAUCAAGGACAACAGCCUGGAGCUCAUCAUCCCAUUCAUCCCUGAGGUAGCAGACAAGAUCUUCACCUCUCGCAUUCGCCUGCACAGCCUGCUGUUCAUCAACUCCACAGUGCAGAGUCAAGUGGAACUGGUGGAGGAGGCCAAGCCUGUCGCCAAAGAGUUUAAGGGCAAGAUGCUGUUCAUUGUGAUUAAUGUGACAGAGGACCUGUCACAUGUGCUGAAUUAUUUUGGCGUGUCAGAAAGUGACGUACCCACUGCAAGGAUCAUCAACAUGGACUCACAGAAGAAGUUCAGCAUUCCCUCUGGAGAUCUAACAGUAGAUUCACUUCGACAACUGUGCCAGGAAGUUGUUGAUGGCAGUGCCAAGCCAUACUAUCGUUCUGAGGAGAUCCCAGAGGACUGGGACAAAGAACCAGUUAAAGUACUGGUGGGCAAGAAUUUCAAAUCUGUGGCUCUGGACCCGACCAAAAACGUCUUUGUUGAGUUUUAUGCUCCAUGGUGUGGACACUGCAAGGAACUGGCUCCUAUUUGGGACCAGCUGGGAGAGAAAUAUGCAGACCACGAAAACAUCAUUAUAGCCAAGAUGGAUGCCACAGCCAACGAAGUGGAUUCGCUUGCCGUUUCUGGUUUUCCAACCAUCAAAUAUUUCCCAGCUGAAGGCAAGGAGGUGGUUGACUACACUGGAAAUCGAGAUCUGGAGACAUUUUCCAAGUUUCUGGAUAAUGGAGGCGUUUUACCAGAGGAGGAAAGUGCUGAGGAUGAUGAUGAUGAUGAUGGAGAAGAGGAUGAUGAGGAGGGUUCAGAGGCUAAAGAAGAGGACGAUACUGAUGAUCAGAGCAAGGAGGCAGACGAGUCUGCAGAGGUUCCUGCAAACAACACAUCCAAAGAUGAGCUGUAAACAUGCUAAAUGCCAAUUAAGAUCAAGCUAUCUUCUUCCAGUUUUCUUAAUAAAAGUGAUACAACUUAUAAA